CUUUGUAACUUGCUGACACUUUAUGACUGUGGAAUACAACAGGACGAGAAUAUCUCACUCCGCCUGUGUACUGAUGGCCUACUGGGCGGUGGACCAAAAGGACGUCACAAGAAAUCAAGGCAGCCAGUUGGCACUGGUUAUAAAGAGCAGAAUGUCACAAUGAAGCGAAAGUCUUCUAAUCAACAAGAUUCUGAGAGGACCAUCAAGAAAUCACGACAGGCCGCUGGCACUCAGCCUGAUGAUGACGCUGGUACUUCCACCAGGCCGUCUACAAGUCAGAUCACCCAAGCAUCUGGAGUUACAUCACGGGAGGAGGUUGGCACUCAGCCUGCUGAUGAUGCUGGUACUUCCACCAGGCCGUCUACAAGUCAGAUCCCACAAACAUCUGGAGUUACAUCAAGGGAGGAGGUUGGCACUCAGACUAGUGAUGAUGAUGGUACUUCUACCGGGCCGUCUAUAAGUCAGAUCCCCCAAACAUCUGGAGAAGUGCAUCACACCCAUCAACAGCUUCUCAUCGGCUAG